CAUGCCAAAUGCUGCUGGUGCUCGGAUCAGUUCAGUGCCACUGCCUUUCUGGUGCUUUCAGAGCAUGGAUGGGACAUUGCCCUGAAGCUGCUAAUUCAGACAAGGGUAAUGGGCACAUUUGUGUAGCCCAGAAAAACAUGACCUUGCUUGCUUGGUAAUGAUUUCUGUGCACCAGUAGAUGAUACCUAGGCAGGGCCUCUAGAAAAGUGCAUUAUUUUUCACCUAAAUAGAUUUUAAAGUACUUGUCCAGGAGAACACCAGGAGAAGGAGAUUGUACUGGAGACCAGAGCACAUGCUAAAAGGGUGAGCUUCCCCACAGGAAAAAAAUGAAACAAGACACGUCCUGCUGCUGUGUGCAGGCCAAGCUUUGGAAGGGCUUAAUCCAUCCAUGGAGUUUUAUGCAGCCAGAUUCAGGGGCUCCCUGGCUGCCAGCUGCGAAGUACUUGUGUGGCAACAGCAGGGAAGAGUGGGAGAGACAGGGACAGCUUUGUCAACGUGGCAGCUGAACCCCCGUGGUGUGUCUUGAAAUCCUAAUGUGUGGAGCUAAAUGUAUCUUCCUGCCAUUACUUUUCUAGGUAGUGUUAUUUUUAGUUUUUUUAUUAAAAUGUUGCAUCACAAGUAAAAAAGACCCCCUCCUUCAAUUUUAAAUAUUUACAUUGAAGGAGAGAACGUAGGACCUUUUAUCCUAUUAAGAAAUCGGCCUCUGUUGCCAGUACUAACAAGGCAAUGGUGUGUUCUGAAAUGUAGGUGUUCCCUGUUACACGCCCCUUCAGACCAACUGCCAGCCACAACUACAGCUGAGCUCAGCAAAUAGCUCUGUAACAUACAUCCACUUCCUUGAACCACCUAGACCUCGUCUUGACAAAGCCCUUGAGCCCCAAGCAUUACUUCUCUUUAAAAAGAAACAAAAGAAAAAGAAAAGGUAGGUGGAGGUUUGGAAUCCGCCUGUGAGCUUUUCCUGUGGGAGCUGCCUGGACAAAAAUCUCACUUCUGAAACCUUAUCUGCACAGAAGCUGUUAUUUUCUCAUUACAGACAUCAGCCGGGGAUGUUUGCCUCUUUCAAUAGCAGGAAAGAAUUUUUCAUUUCCUUGGGGUUGUCACGUGAAUUGAAUGUACAGAGGAUUCAGGGUACGGCGAUAUCAAUUAUGUCCAAUUAUAACCUGACUCCCCUUCCUUGGCAUUAAAUAACCCAACCAAACGAGCUCUGUCCCAGUGGCUUGGCAAUUGCUCCCCUCCCCAUGCACACGUGACACGGGAGCUUUGCUUUGGCUUCAUAGCCAAAUGGCUGAGAAUGCAGGAGCAGCUACUGUGACAGAAUUCCUCUGCCUGCGUGUGUACAAGGGCGACGCCAUAAUUAAAGGAGCACGGUCAAGGCACAGGUCUCUUUGGAGCCAAAACUUGUCUAUGUUUCUGUCGUUUUGUCACUUUUAAUACACUGCCCUGACUUGCUUGCUGGGAAGAGAGUAUGCAUCUGGAGAUCAAAGUUGCUCUUAACUUCAUCAUCUCAUACCUGUACAACAAGCUUCCUCGGAGGCGGGCAGACUUGUUUGGUGAGGAGCUAGAGCGCCUGCUGAAGAAGAAAUAUGAGGGUCACUGGUACCCAGAGAAACCUUUGAAGGGAUCUGGCUAUCGCUGUGUUCAUAUAGGGGAGACGGUGGAUCCGGUGGUGGAAUUGGCGGCCAAGCGGAGCGGGCUGGCUGUGGAGGAUGUGCGUGCCAAUGUGCCAGAAGAGCUGAGUGUCUGGAUUGAUCCUUUUGAGGUUUCCUACCAGAUCGGUGAGAAGGGCUCUGUUAAGGUUCUCUACCUAGAUGACAGUGAGGGCUGCAGUGCCACAGAGCUGGACAAAGAAAUCAAGAGCAGCUUCAACCCCGACGCCCAGGUGUUCGUCCCUAUCGGCAGCCAGGACAACUCACUGUCCAACUCUCCAUCCCCCUCCUUUGGCCAGUCACCCAGCCCCACCUUCAUCCCUCGCUCUGCGCAGCCCAUCACUUUCACCACUGCCACCUUUGCUGCCACCAAGUUUGGCUCGACCAAGAUGAAGAAGGGUGGAGGAGCCGGAGGAGGGGGUGGUGGAGCAGGGGCUGUUCAGCAGUCGAGAAUGGUCAGGUCUCCCACCACCAACCUGCUGAAGCACAAGGGCCUCUCCCUGUCUAUGCACUCUCUGAACUUCGUCGGGAGCGCUGGGAGCCAAGCCCCACAGUCACAGCUCUCCCCCAAUGCCAAGGAGUUCGUUUACAGCGGCGCCUCGCCGGGAGCCAGCAGCCUCUUCUUCGACGGUGUUGCCAGUGAGAGCCAGGCCAGCAGCAUCCCGCCAGCAUCGCAGUUCAACGCCAGCACAGGUGGUACCUUUGAUAUGGCUCAGGUCUUCAGUGGCAGCACCAAUAGCCUCUUUUUGGAGAAGUCUCCCUUCGUGGAAGGACUCAGCUACAACCUGAAUGCCAUGCAGUAUCCUAGCCAGUCGUUCCAGCCUGUCGUCCUGGCCAACUGAAUACAACAGAAGGAGAGUAUUUUGGGGCAGGGAGGGAGGGAGGGGGGAAACAAGAGCAAAACAAACAAACAAGAGGGAGAGAAAAGAAAAAUAGAAAUAUACAGAAAAUAUUAAAACCUUACAAAUAUAGGUUCUUGGGAAAAGAGAGAGCUCAGUGUUGUUGCGCUGUGCUGGUAACGCUCCUGAAGCACUGAAUUGUUUUUUAACUCAGUACCUGUGCUUUUUUCCUACUCACUUUUUUUACUCCUUAAAAUGAGUCUUGGGCUUUUUUUUGGUUUGUGUGCCCUCUUCCCCCCCCCCCAGCCCAGGACUGGUGUAACUGUAGGUCACAGUGCUCCUGAUUCCCUGCACCACCCCCUACCCCACACUGGACAUGGGGUCCUUCUACCUGGGCGUAGGGAUGUCACCUUCAUACCACUGUGCCGGAGGAGGGACAAGAAGAGGAUGAGUCAGUGUUGGUGGGGACACACACAGUCUUGUUGCGUGCUAGCCAUAAUGGGUGGGCGAGCUUGCUUUUUCUGUGUAUACAGAGAACAUCGCCUGUGCCCACGGGUGCAGACCAUUGUGUGGUUGUGGCUCUAGCCCAAGCUGGCAUCAGCUGUUCUGUGUGCUGAAAAGCACUAACUCUUCUCCUUGACCAUCUCGCAGCACAUCACAGUCAGGGCACAGGAUUACUGUGAAAUGGCUUCUUCCUGCUCCCUUCCUCAUCUGCACUUCCAGUUGUGGCUACAGGGGCACAGUGUCUUAGUGGCUCUGGUUAUUGGAUCUUUCUGUACCUGAGCAAGAGCGCUUUUUUAUGCUGUCUCAGGGCUGCCCAGUCAGUGUGGAUGACAGCCCUUGCAGUGUAGAAUCACCACCUGCCUCUCUCUGUGACUUGGGGGAGGUAGCUCUGAACCAGCUGGACCCCACUUGGAUCCCUCCCCCACUUCCCAGAUGUUCUCCCCAGCAGCAGGAGCCAGCAUCCACUUGGGGUGGCCUCUGAAGUCAGAGUUCUCAUUAUCUGCUGUGAAUUAAUCUUGUCUCAGAGAGGAAAUUCCUUUCUUUUUAGUUAGUGAGGGAGCACAACUUUUCAAGAAGAUAGGGUGAUGUAGUUGAAGCUGCUGUCUUGAGUGGUAGCAUAAGGGUUUAUGCUUUCAGCCAGGUAUGCACCUGACUAAAUCCCUUCCCUUGCCUUUCUGGAGUAGUAUGAGGAGGUGGCUGAUCCAGUGAGAAAAGAAGGCACCUAUCAUAAAUUCCUCAUUCCAGCCAGAUCACAUCAGCAUGGACAGCAGCAAGCUUAGGGAAGAGCUGGGAUGGGCUCUCCAAAGGCAAAUGGUUGUCUCAGUCUAUGAAUGUAUGGUGCCUCUUUACAGCAGGGAUGGGAUAUGGGACUCUGCACCUUUCUCCAGGAUAAUGUGUGGCAGUCAGGCAACAGUGGCUGUUCAGCUUGAUCCCCUUCUGUGUUGAGGACUCCAAAACCCACCUUCACAGAAAGGCAAAGGAGGACUGCUUCAUGCCCAGGAAGGAUGGAGGCUUUCUUGGUGGGAAGGGAGGUUUCUUUGGAGGCUGCUGUGUGAGCAUGGAAGUGUGCAAAGAGGAGAGAGAUGGAGAUGAUGAAACUCCAGUCUUUGAAGUUCUCAGUUUAAAUGAAAAAUAAGCUUUUGCUGCUUCCCAAACUUGAGGUUUGGUUUUCUUAAAUGAUGCUUCUUGGAGCACAGUCUGAAAUCCACUCCUCCCACACUUGUGGAACCAAUGUGCUCUUUAAAGAAAUCUCUGUUUCAGGUGAGAUGAGCUUGACCAUGUGCUUUUCCUGCUCCCUUUACUGAGAUGGAGGCAUGCCAGCCCUUUUGUAGUUGUGUUGCCAUGGAGCAUUUGCAGAAGGUAAUGGGCUGUCCCAGGGAGAUUGUCUCUGCCCAGAACUCUCCCAGGAGAGUUUCCACUGUACCCUUCCCCUCCAUGGGUGAUGGGAUGCAGAGUCCUGACCUUGUGCCCAGCAUGGGUUCCCAAGCAGGCUGCUUGCUAUUGAGCUAUGACCAAUGCAGCAGGUGGGUGAGGAGAGCAGAGCCCAGCCAGUUUGCCCAAAGCUGGUGCCCACAACCUCAACCCUGCAGGUUUCCAGAGUAGGACAUGUUGAUGAGGAAUGGCCCAGCUGUUGUGUUUCCCUUUUUUCUUUUCUUUGAACCUACUGCUUUUAAAGGAUGCUACCACUGCCAUGGAGUCCUUCUCCCCAACAGGGAGCCAACAGGUGGCUGGGUGCCACCCCACAUGCUGCACUGGACUGUGAGGGGUGCUCAGCCCCUGAUGGCAGGACCUGGUCCAGUUGCCCCCCACUGUUCCCACAUCUGGCAAAGCCACCUGCGAGCUGCUGCAGUGAGACAGUGUGCUCUCCUCCAGCACAGGGAGGGAGGGAGGAAGUGGGGAUGUCCCCUGUCCACUUGCUUAUGUGUGUGUGAAGCUUUGAUGCUGCUUUGCCCUGCCACACGUAUUAUACCUGCUUUAAAAAUAGUGGUGUGAGUGGAAGGAGGAAAAGAAGAGGGACCAACCUCUUUGCAUCUUUAAAGGAAAAAAGUGUGCUUCAGAAAUGUUCCUCCAGCAUCAGGCACCAAUGGAAACUAAUGGCCUUUUCAGGUCUUUUCUAGUCUUGGAUGUAGGCGUUCAGCUUCAAUUUUAUUUUUUAAAAACCUGCACUAAUUUACCUGGUUUCUUAGGAAGAGAAGAGAGAAGAUUUUUUUUUUUAACUUUUAUUUUUUAUGGGUUUAUGUUCUUUUUGUUGAUGUCCGUUUGUAUUGAAUAAUUUGCUACAUUUGUAAAAUGUAAGAGGUAUAUAUAAUAUAUGUAUAUUUCUAACGUAAAAAAUGUAAUUUUUUUCUUUUCAAGAUUUUUUCUUAAGAGGAGAGAAAAAAUAUUUUUUCAGGAAAAAACUUUAAAAAAAAAAAGAAGCGGUGAAGAUUCCUUUCUCCCCACUCAGCCUCCCUUUCCUCCUGCCCCUCUCCAAGGAGUGAAUCGACAGUUGCCUUGUGGGAGAGGAGUGAAAGAGGACAGAAGUCUGUAUGUCUCCGAGUGGAGGGUUUCUGUGUGUGCUCUGCUUGGGGUUUUUUUGGAGAAGGGGACUACUGAGAGGGGGAACCAGGGGGUUGCUGUCUUUUUUCUUUUUUUUUCUUUUUUUUUUUUUUUCUUUAGCGAAGGAGGAAUACAAUCAGAGUUUUGUAUUCAGAAUGUUGUGCAAUAUUUUGGAACGGGAUAUUGGUGUGUCUAGAGAUUUAGUUAAAAACAAACAAAAAAACCCCACAAAAAGGUUGAUCAAAUCUGUACAGUUUCUAUUGUUCCAGAUUUUUUUAAGUUUGUAUUAAAAGCAUGAUAUAAUAACCA